CCAAUCUCUCAUUCUUCUGACGAGAACUACAAUGAAAUCUACGCAGAUUGCUUGCCUGUUGGUGUUGGCUGUCGCCGCCCAAGCUCAAUACUUUGGCAACUACGGAUACGGACUCGGUGGAUAUGGUGGAUAUGGUGGAUACUACGGAGGAUACUACCCCUACACCGGUGUUAGAACUGCUGCCGUCCCCGCUGCCUACCCCGUUUCUUAUGGCUACCCAUCUUUCACCGCCAGCCAGUACCACGGACAGGAUGAGCUCGGCCAGGCCCGUUUCGGCUAUGCCCACCCAGGACAGGCCGCUACCAACCUUCGUGAUGCUUUCGGCAACCAAGUCGGCAGCUACGCUUACUUCAACCCAGAGGGUAAAGAGGUCCGCGUUUCCUACACCGCCGACUCACGAGGCUUCCGCGUCCUCUCCAACGACCUGCCCGUUGCCCCAGUCUCCAACUUGGUAGCCCCCGUUCAGGUCCAGGACACUCCCGAGGUUGCCAAAGCCAAGGCUGAACACGCUGUGGCCGUUGCUGCUGCUCGGGCUGCUGCUCCCGCCACCCCAACCACCGAAGUCCGCUUGAAACGCCAAAGCGGAGCAGCUCAUCCAUUCCCCGCCCACGUCGGAGUUGGUCAGAUCGGUGGAGCCCAUCCCGGCCCUGCCCAUGUUGGUGCCGGUCAAAUCGGUGGUGCUCACCCUGGCCCUGCUCAUGUCGGAGCUAACCACCGAGGUGGAGCUCAUCCUUGCCCUGCUUUUGUCGCUUGUUAAAAAAAAAACAUUUACAUAUCUGGUCGCUUUGUCUUCACCUUUUUGUUUGGAUUUUCUUGUUAUUUUCUUCACUUGAUGAUUAAAUUGUUCAUUCAACUACUGA